AUGACACCAAAUUAUGAAGGUUGUGGUGAGCUAGUGAUCUUCGUGGCAGUGGCACUUAACGGUGCUAUUGGCUUUAAGAACGAGAUUCCAUGGCCACACAUCACACAGGAUCUUAAAUUCUUAUCCCGUGGGUCGAGCUAUGUCGAACCUGAAGUACUUGAGGAUAAUCCCGGUUUACAGAAUGUGGUAAUAUAUGGAAGGAAGACAUAUGAAAGUAUCCCUGCUAGUAAAAGACCGUUGAAGAACCGCAUUAACGUUGUACUUAGUCGUAAUGUGUAG